AUGGCUUUUACCUGGGAUACACCAUUUGGUGUCAAAUUAUGGCCCAUUUUUAAUGAGUUGGUAUCUACUGCAACCGGGGGCAAGUUUAUCCCUUCUGAGUUUCGUUUCGUACAAGGAGAAUUGCCACUUUCAACGUUGCACCCAGUGUUGUUGUCCAUCGCAAGCUACUAUAUUGUCAUUUUCGGUGGAAACUAUUUAUUCAAAAAGCUUCACAUUAAGCCAUUUGUGCUAAAUGGACUAUUCCAAAUCCACAACUUGUUCUUGACUACAUUGUCUUUGACAUUGUUGACUUUAAUGGUUGAACAGUUGGUGCCAAUGAUUUACCACCAUGGAUUAUUUUAUGCCAUUUGUUCACCAAAGGCAUGGACACAGGAGUUAGUCUGCUUGUAUUACUUAAAUUACUUGACCAAGUUUGCUGAAUUUAUUGACACGGUGUUUUUGGUGGUGAAGCAAAAGAAAUUGACAUUUUUGCACACAUACCAUCAUGGUGCUACUGCUUUACUUUGUUACACUCAAUUGAUUGGUGACACCUCUAUCUCAUGGGUUCCAAUUUCGCUAAACUUGGGUGUGCAUGUUGUCAUGUACUGGUAUUAUUUUCUUGCUGCUAGAGGUAUCAGGGUUUGGUGGAAGGAGUGGGUAACCCGUUUUCAAAUCAUUCAAUUUAUUCUUGAUUUAGGGUUUGUCUAUUUUGCCACCUAUCAAAAACUUGUGCUUCACUUUUUGCCAAAUUAUACAAACAUUCUUCCAGUUUGUGGGGAUUGUGCUGGUAAUUUAUACUCUGCUUACUCCGGAUGUGCUAUAUUGUCAUCGUACUUGGUUUUAUUCAUUGCUUUUUACAUUGAUGUUUACAGAAGAAAAUCGUCAAAAAAGAGCAGAAUUGUCAAGGCUGUGCACGGUGGUGUUGCUGCUCAAGUGAAUGAAUACGUUUAUGUUACUGGUAGAGAAGCUACUCCCGUUCCAGAAGAAAAGGUACGUUCAAGAAAGUAG